AUGUUUGGGUGGCGACCUCGGAAAGCCAAACUUCCUAAUGCUUUGUCUAUUGUGGAACUUAAGGUACAUAUGGAUUGCCAAGGAUGUGAAGAAAGAAUUAGAAGGGCAAUCUCAAAAUUGAAUGGUGUUGAUAGCUUGGAGAUAGACAUGGAUAAGCAGAAGGUAACAGUAACUGGGUAUGUGGAGAAAGGGAAGGUAUUGAGGAUUGUGAGAAGAACAGGAAGAAAGGCUGAGUAUUGGCCAUUCCCUUAUGACAGUGAAUAUUACCCAUAUGCUGCCCAAUACUUGGAUGAGUCUACCUUUGCUUCUUCCUAUAACUAUUACAGGCAUGGUUACAAUGAGAGUGUUCAUGGCUAUUUUCCUCAACAAGCUUACUGUACUGUUGAAGAUGAAACACUAUUCCUCUUCAGUGAUGACAAUGUUCAUGCACCCUGUACCAUCAUGUGA